AUGAAGUUGGAUGCAUCCCAUAUGCGGUAUUUAACCGCAGAUGAUUUUAAAGUUCUUCAAGCAUUAGAGCAAGGAUCUAGAAAUCAUGAAUUAGUCCCUACACAAAUGAUUCACGCAUUAGGAGGAAUGAAAUCACCUACAGGUACCAAUCGAUCUAUUGGAGAUUUAGCCAAGCUUAAGUUAGUUUCAAGAUUAAGAAAUGCCAAAUAUGAUGGUUUUAGGUUAACAUAUUCAGGAUUUGAUUUCUUAGCCUUGAAGUCUCUCUUCAAUAGGGAAAGUAUUUAUUCAGUGGGGUCUCAAAUAGGUGUUGGUAAAGAAUCAGACAUUUAUUCUGUUAGUGAUAACGAUGGUCAACAAAAGGUAUUGAAGAUUCAUAGACUUGGUAGAACCUCAUUUAAGACUGUAAAGAAUAACAGAGAUUAUUUAAAGAAUAGACUGACAUCUAGUUGGAUGUUUUUGUCUAAAUUAGCUGCCAAAAAGGAAUAUGAAUUCAUGUGUAUUCUACAUGAAAAUGGAUUCACUGUUCCAAUACCUUAUGAUUAUUCCAGGCACACAGUUUUAAUGGAAUGGAUUAGAGGAAUACCUAUGAAACAUCUUAGGCAACAUGAAAACUAUAGGAAACUUUAUUCAGAAUUAAUGCAAUUUAUUGUCAAGUUAGCUAAUCAUGGAUUAAUUCAUUGUGAUUUCAAUGAAUUUAAUAUAAUAAUAAGAGACUCAGAAGAUGCUAAAGAUCAUGAAUUUGAUUUCGUGGUGAUUGAUUUCCCUCAAUGUGUUUCCAUAGACCAUAAGGACGCCAAGUUCUAUUUUGAUAGAGAUGUUCAAGGAAUUAGAGCAUUCUUUGAAAAGAAGUUCCGUUAUGCUCCUCAACAUGAUCCUACUAUGUUUGACACAGAAGGCUAUGGAGAGGGAUACAAAUAUGCAUACCCUAAUUUCAAAAGAGAUGUCAGUAGAAUAAAAGAGUUGGAUGUUGAAGUAAAAGCAUCUGGUUUUGCUAAAGCUGUUAAAGGUAAUAGAGAAGAUAAAGAAUUUGAAAAUGCCGUAAAGGGAAUGAGAGCUCAAGAAAUAGAUGAGGAUGAAGAAGAUGACGCAUCUGAAAUUGAAUCUGAUUACGAAAUUUUCGAAGAUGACGAAGAAGAUGAUGAAGAUUAUCUUUUGGAAGAUGAGGAAGAAGAUGAACAGGAGGAGAAGAAUUAUGAUGAAGAAAAUGAAAAGAUUAUUGAAGCAUUAUCAUCUGGUGUGACCAACAUGAAGAUGGAUAAGUUAGGUAAUUAUAUUCUCGAAGAUAAUUAG